AUGGACACUUUUUUUGACUUUGAGUUUACACAAGAACAAUUACAUGUAAUUGACAGUUUAGAGAGGUCACAUUGCAGUACUGACCAUGUCAUAAGUGAGGGUGAUGAAGUGAUAAAUAUUCCACGUACCAGAAAACGUCGAGUUAUUUUGUCGGACAGUGAAGAAGAUGACCGUGACUUAUCUCCAGCUUUAUCCGGCCAUACACCUGAAUGUGAGUGGUACCAGCCACGUGGUAAGCAGCCUCGUUUAAUUCCUUUUACCGAAAUACCGGGACUGAAACCUUACUCACUUCGAAAUCAACUAGCCAAUGCUACACCUGUUGAUUUCUAUUCCCUCUUAGUCACUGACCAGUUAUUUGAAAAUAUAGCACAUCAGACGAAUAUAUUUGCCCAACAAAGUAUCGAUAAAGGUGGCAUUAAAGAUAAGUCGAGACUACGGCUCUGGACGCCAACCGACAAAGAAGAAAUAAAACGAUUUUUAGGCGUGAUUAUUUGGAUGGGUAUAGUGAAGUUACCAAAAAUCGUAGACUAUUGGUCUAAUGAUGAAAUGUUGGGUCAAUCUUUUGCAAAAAAGACUAUGAGUCGCAACCGCUUCGAAGUUUUGCUUAGAAUGCUCCACUUUUCCAACAACGAAGAAGUUCCAAAAAAUGACCGGCUGGGUAAAAUACGAAGAUUGGUUGAAAUAUUGAACCAAACAUUUUCAAUUCAUUAUACUCCCGAUGAAUGUUUAUGCGUCGAUGAAAGUAUGAUACCAUUUCGUGGGCGUAUCAUUUUCCGUCAAUAUAAUAAGUCGAAAAGACAUAAAUAUGGCAUCAAGCUAUUUAAAUUGUGUACUACUCCUGGCUAUACGACAAAGGUGGAGGUAUAUGGAGGAAAGACAUUAGAUUCACAGGAUAAUACUCCAACCAACGUUGUCUUGAAUUUAGCACGUAACUACUUUGGAAAAGGUCAUACCAUGUUCGUAGAUAAUUGGUAUACAAGCUUAGAUCUAGCUGAGAAGUUAGUUCAACACGAUACUCAUUUAGUAGGGACCCUACGAAAAAACAGGAAGAACUUACCAAAGGACGUCAUGACUGGAAAUCUGAAACCGGGUGAGUUUAUGGCAAAAGAAAACAAAAACGGAGUCACGGUUAUGAAGUGGAAGGAUAAGAGGGACGUGUGUUUGUUGUCAACCAAACAUUCAAUUGGUUUUACAAAAAAAAAGAACAAAAGAGGGGUUGAAACAAUUAAACCGAAAAUUGUGAUUGAUUAUAAUAAAGCCAAAGCAGCCGUUGACUUGUCUGACCAAAUGAGUGCUUAUUCGAGUCCAUUGCGAAAGACGUUAAAGUGGUAUAAGAAGCUCGGUAUCGAAUUAUUACUCAAUACUGCUGUAGUAAAUGCAAGAGUACUAUAUGAAAGUACAACGAAGAAGAAGAUAUCUGUCGUCGAUUUUAGGCGACUGUUGGCAAAGCAGUUGAUUGAGGGUAGUCAAGAAAAUACGGGAUUGACCACACCACGACCCAGAAGACAAAAACACGAGCUUAAGAAAAAAGAAGGUGCAGCAGUAUCAACAAGAAAAUUUUGUCGUGAUUGUUACAAAUCAAAUGUUGAGUUGCAUGGAAGAAAUGUGGCCAAGAACAAAACAAAGAAGGUUUCUUGGUUUUGCACUAUUUGUCCCGGCAAUCCCCAUUUAUGUCGUCAAUGUUUUGACAAAUGCCACUAAAAUGUUUGAAUAUCCAUUUAGAGUUGAAUUAAUCUUUAGUUUGAUUGUUGUUCGUAUGACGAUUUGUAAUUGUGGUUUGAUAAAAAACGUUCCUAAUAUUUUUUGUUCUAUUGUCUUUCUUUUUUUCUUAAAUUUUGAUAAAAACAUGCCUAAAAUUAAU